UAGGAGGAAAGAAAAUGUCGCCAUAUGGUAAAAGGAUACUUCCUUUGAAUAUCCUCACGAAAUAUCGGAAAACAGAGAUGUUGACCCUCUUCCUUCUUGGUGCCUGUAUUUUUGUGGCAGGGGUUGUCGGGCACCCAGCUAGACCUCCCUUGUUGGACCUGAACAAGGCCAGACACCUCUUCCAGUUGGCUGAGAAGAACAACGGUGUUACAGAUGGGGUUCUCACAAAGACAGAGGUCGUGCGUAUCUUCACAGCUUUUGAUGGCAACGGUGAUGGGCGCGUCACGGAGACAGAGUUCACGGGCUACUGGCAGAAGGAAAACCUGGGCGACCUACAGGCUGCGGUCUACUUGUUCCAUCGCGCCGACACCGACAACAACGGCGUCUUAACCGUCACCCCCGACCUCGACAGAGUCUUCAGCUACUUCGAUACAGAUACAAACGCCAAGGUCACCGAGGCUGAAUUUGCUGUCGUGUGGUCAAGUCUUACCAGCUAAACACCAUUGUAGAAACAAAUCUGAAUCUGGAAUAAACACGUCUUUCUCUA